UUUUUGCGCCGUGAUUUAUUCAGUCGAGGGGAUGUUUCUGACUUCCGCUCGAAGUCGUCUCUCACCCUCUCUCGGACGUGCUCCCGCUUUGCGACUAUCUAACAGGACUUCUCCUAUAUUAGCUAUGGCGCCCCAACGGCGAAAGCAAUCUUCUGUUCCGGAGGGUUAUGUCGAGGAUCUUUCCAAAGGCAAAAUGCUUCGUUUCGAAAACUCCCUUCCCAAACUCCCCGUCCCGACACUUGAAGAAACCGCAAAGCGCUACCUAAAAUCCGUUCAUCCGCUACUUUCGGCUUCCGAGUACGAACGGACGACCAAGGCCGUGGAAGAAUUCAUUAAGCCAGGCGGCCAAGGAGAGACACUCCAAAAGAGACUUAUCGCUCGUCGCGACGACCCAAAGAUCAAUAACUGGCUCACCGAAUGGUGGAACUUUGCCGCUUACUUGGGCUACAGAGACCCUGUGGUCCCUUAUGUUUCUUACUUUUACUCUUACCGGGAUGACCGCCUACGUCGCAGCAACCCUGCCGCGCGUGCUGCCACCGUGACCCUUUCCGCUCUCGACUUCAAGCGCCAGGUUGACGAUGGAUCUUUAGAGCCAGAGUACUUGAGGAAACUGCCCAUGGCAAUGAGCUCAUACCAAUACAUGUUUAACUGUACCCGUAUCCCUGCUCUGCCCGCUGACUACCCUCAAAAGUACUCGCCCGAGGAGAACAAGCACUUUACUGUUGUCCGCAAAAACCAAUUCUUCAAGGUCCCCUACGUCGUCGAUGGCCAACAGCUCACAUCCGGAGAAUUGCAAAAGCAAUUUGAGCACAUCUAUGAACGUGCUGAGCAUCCCGUCAACCCUGUCGGUGUCUUGACCGCUGCAAAUCGUGACCACUGGACCGCGUCACGAGCAAAAUUGCUCGAAGCUAGCCCCGCUAAUGCCAAAGCAUUGAAAGACAUUGAGUCCUCUGCUUUCUUGGUCUGCUUGGAUGACGCUGCUCCUGUGACUCUUGAGGAGCGAGCACACCAGUACUGGCACGGUGAUGGAUGUAAUCGUUGGUUCGACAAGCCACUCCAGUUUAUCAUCAACGAUAACGGGACUGCUGGAUUCAUGGGUGAACAUAGUAUGAUGGAUGGUACUCCCACGCAUCGUUUGAACGACUACGUCAACAGUUUGAUCUUUGGCAACAAGCUUGACUUUGACAACACACCGGUCCGAUCUACACUUCCCCCACCAGCUCCCAUCAACUUCGAGCUCAACCUUGAGACCGAGAAGGCCAUCAAUGAAGCGCUCCAAGAACACAAAUCUCAAAUUGCUGCCCAUGAGUUGCGCGUACAAGCAUUCCAGGCUUACGGCAAAGGAUUGAUCAAGAAAUUCAAAUGCAGUCCCGAUGCAUACGUCCAGAUGGUGAUCCAACUCGCCUACUACAAGAUGUACGGCAUCAACCGACCCACAUAUGAAUCUGCGUCGACCCGUAAGUUCCAAGAAGGCCGUACCGAGACCACCCGAACCGUAUCCGACGAGAGUGUCGCCUUCUGUCGCGCCCACCAGGACCCCAAGGUCCCUCGCGAGGAAGUCGUCAAGCUGUUUCGCGAAGCUCUUAAACAACACACAAAGUAUACUUUGGAAGCCAGUGAUGGCAAGGGUGUUGAUCGCCACUUGUUCGGCUUGAAGAAACUAUUACAAGAAGGCGAGAAGCUGCCUGAAAUUUACCAAGAUCCUGCAUAUACCUACAGCAGCUCGUGGUAUCUGUCAACCUCCCAACUCAGUUCCGAGUAUUUCAAUGGUUACGGUUGGAGUCAAGUGAUUGACGACGGAUUUGGUAUUGCUUAUAUGAUCAACGAAGACAGUCUCCAAUUCAACAUCGUCUCCAAAAGACUCGGCUCAGAGCGCAUGAGUUUCUAUCUCAAUGAAGCCGCGCUCGAAAUCCGUGAUGUAUUAAUGCCUGACCUUUUGGCUGAGAAGGAGAAGGCCAAGUUGUAAACUUGUAUAUAUUUUUUUCUUUCCUUCAUCUUCUAAAGAGCUUCGUCGUCCGCGUGAAGUGGACUAUAUAGAUUUGAUACAGUAUCCUGUCAAGUGUUGACCAAUGAAUGAUAUGAGUUGAU